CUUGUCUGCACAGGGAAAUUGACUUAACUUGGCUGUUCCACAGCAGUCAUUCCGCUAGGCCGGAAUAACAGUUCUGCUCUAAUUUAGCUAAUCUGGAAUAAUUCCCCCAUGUGGAUAUUCUGUUCUUGAAUAAAAGUGAUUUAAUUACAGAGUAAUUACUCCCAAAUAAUUACUUCCAAAGCGAGUAAUUAUUCUGGAAUAAAGUCACUUUUGUUUGGGAAUAGCGUGUCCACCUGGAGGAGUUGUCGACACAAAAAUAAUAAAUCAGUUUCUGUUUUUGUCCUCCCUUUAAUCUGUAAAUUAAUCCCUAACUAAAGCAAUUUUUCCACUUCCCCAGUAGAUGGCAUCAUUAGACUACUUUUUCUACCAUCCACUCUCCCAAAAACACAUUACUAUUAUUAUGCAUUGUUUGUAUUAGGCUAGUACCUGCUGCAGAUACCUGUCUCUCUAUGCCACUGAUCAAAUAUGAGGGACCCAGGAUACUAGCACCUUUCAUCCAGAAGACAACAUGCUGAUUACUAAUUCGAUACAGAAAUCACUUCUACCUUUGAAAGACAGCCAUCUCUGGGGGAAAUGCCACAGAACGUGACAGUACCCGAUGGGUUAAACUGUGACAGAGGAAACCAGACUUCUCCUUCUGGGGCGUGACUGCGACUACAUCUGACAGAUCAAAAUUAAAAAAGAAACUUCACACUCGGAGAUGAUUAUGGAAGGAAAUUAUGCAACAAAGAGAUGGCUUAUUGGAACUGCUGUGUUACCUCCCAGCCCACUGCCUCCUUGAUACAGCCUGGUCAUGUGAACAACUGAAAUCAGGUCUUUUCUGUUGCACACCAUUGUCAACUGAACUCACGGUUUUCUGGAUAAUGACCAUGGGUGAAGUGGACUAGAAUGGAGAUCAAUAUUUUCCACAUCUUCCAGCCUCCCAACCAUGGCUGCUGGGACUAGACUUGGAUGAAAUGGACACUUUCUGCUUCUCAGGAUUUUGCUCCACUGAAAAAAAGUUGUAAACAGCAGCAUCCAGAUACAGAAUUGAGUGAGAUUCCUGCAGAGCUCCUGAAAUGCCAUGGAAAGGAAAAAGAGAGCGAGAAGGAGAGACAACAAAUAAUUGGUGGAUGUAAUCAGACUUGUUCUGCAGUGACUUCUGCUUUCCCAUUGCCACCCAAGCUCUGCUCCCUAGAUCAGAGCUGCCCUGCACUUUUCAGUAGCUCCAGCAUUUGGAUUGCAGCCGGGGCUUAGGCUGUAGUAGGUUCUUCCUCUGCUGGCUUCUUUCAUUCACCUGCAGUCUUGGAAUGAAGCUGUUCCCUGAACAAUGGUUUGCUGAGGGUGUAAGGCAGAGUGACUUCCCGGAGCAGGAAAUGCCAGCCACCGUGAUGCCGGGGAGUCCGGUCCAGCUGAACAGUGACACCCUGGAGACUGACCGCCCGCAGUCCGUGAGCCAGCCCCAACCUGCCUUCCAGAUCCAGCCCGUGACCCCGGACCCUGCCCCCAGCCAGCCCAGGGAGACGUGGGGUGGGAAGUACGAGUUCCUGCUCUCCUGCAUCGGGUAUUGCGUGGGGCUGGGCAACGUCUGGCGCUUCCCCUAUCUCUGCUACCGCAAUGGAGGAGGGGUCUUCCUGAUCCCCUACUUCGUCAUGCUGCUCUUCACCGGCCUGCCCCUGUUCCUGCUGGAGCUCAGCCUUGGCCAGUACGGCGCUGCAGGGCCCAUCACCGUCUGGAAGUGCUGCCCCCUGCUGAAAGGGAUCGGCGUGGGCAUGCUGCUCGUCUCCUCGCUGGUGUCGCUCUAUUAUAACGUCAUCAUCGCCUGGACUUUCUACUACCUGGGCACGUCCUUCCAGAGCCCCCUGCCCUGGUCGUGCGAGGCUCCGCAGAACGCCCCCCUCUGCCAGAAUGCAUCAGGAAACGCCAGUCGGUUCAGUGCCAGCGAGGCCUUCUGGAACGAGCAGGUGCUGGGGGUCACGCACAGCUCCGGCCUCCACGACCCGGGCCCGGUGAGGUGGCCGCUCGCCAUAUGCUUGUUGGUCGCCUGGAUCGUCAUCUUCCUGUGCAUGUUAAAGGGGAUCCGCAGCUCGGGCAAGGUGGUGUAUUUCACAGCGACGUUCCCGUACCUGGUCCUCAUCGUGCUCAUCAUCCGAGGAGCUACGCUGGAGGGAUCCAUUGAGGGCGUCCGCUUCUACCUCUCCUCGGACUGGAGCAGGCUACAGAGCGCUCAGGUGUGGAACGACGCUGCCUCACAGAUCUUCUACUCGCUGGGCAUUGGCUUCGGGGGGCUACUCUCCAUGGCCUCCUACAACAAGUUUGACAACAACGUGAUCAGGGACACCCUGGUUAUCGCCAUCGGGAACUGCUGCACCAGCUUCUUCGCUGGAUUCGCCAUCUUCUCCAUCCUGGGCCACAUGGCGUGGAGGAAGAGAGUGCCGGUGGGGGAGGUGGCCGAUUCAGGUCCCGGGCUUGCUUUCGUGGCCUACCCAGAAGCCCUUGCUCUGCUGCCUGCCUCUGCCUUCUGGUCGGUCCUGUUCUUCCUGAUGAUGUUCACGCUGGGAGUAGACACCCUGUUCGGGAACAUGGAGGGCAUCACCACGGCCGUGCUGGACGAGUUCCCGGCCCUGCGCGAGUGGAGACGGAAAACCCUCUUCCUGGGCGCGCUGUGCUUCACCUUCUACCUGCUGGGCCUGCUGCUCAUCACCGAGGGCGGCAUUUACUGGUUCACCCUCAUCGACGCCUACAGCACCAGCUUCGGCCUCAUCAUCAUCACCCUCUUCAUGUGCAUUGGCAUUGCCUUCUUCUACGGGGUGAACCAGUUCUGCCGGGACAUCGUUGACAUGAUCUGCCGGUGCCCGCCCUGGUGCAGCAAGCUGGUGCUCUACUUCAAGGCAUGCUGGGUAUUCAUCACGCCGUGCCUGCUGCUGUUCAUCCUCUUCUACAUCUUCCUGGAGAUGUACAACACGUCCCUGCACUACGGCGCCUACGUCUACCCGCGCUGGGGCAAGGCCCUGGGCGUGUGCAUGGGCACCGUCACCUGCAUCCAGAUCCCGCUCUGGGCGCUCGUGGCCAUCUGCAGGGAGUCGGGGACGCUGACGGACCGGUUCCGGAAAGCCAUCCACCCCCUGAACUCCUGGCGCACGGCGACCACCCACACCGAGGUCAUCGACGUCCCCUACACCAUCAACCUGGUGGACAGCGACUUCGCCAGCCCGCCCCAGGGGAGCAGCGAGGCCUGAGGGGCCGGGCAGCAGAACGGGGGCUCCAGGCAGCUGCUCUUGGCUCUGGUGUGGCAGCCUCCCAGGCGGAGGCCGCGGGCCGGUGCUCCUGGAUCUGCUGGAGGCUGCAGCUGGCCCUCACCUGCAGGAGACGAUGCUGGAACCUGCUGCUCUCCAGCCGCAGCGGUGCCAGCGGGGGAGGGCAGGACUCUGCUCAGGGCUGUGGCCAGCCAGCCGCUGGGCGCUUUGCAAGAGGGGCCUGGCCUCUGAACCUUCUUAAAACCACAGGGAAAGGAUUGUACUUGAGAAUCGAUUGCACGUGCCCCCUGGCGCAGCUGGGCACGCGGCCAGGUGGGUGCGCAGGCGCCCCCCUGGGCAUGGACAGAGGUGCCCAGAUGGGGCCGCUCUGAGGUGCGGAAGUGCGCACACAGAGAGGCGCCCGGGGCGUGGACAGAGGGGUGCACACACAGAGCGGCACCCCGGGGCGUGGACAGAGCGGUGCACACACAGAGCGGCGCCCCGGGGCGUGGACAGAGCGGUGCACACACAGAGCGGCGCCUCGGGGCGUGGACAGAGCGGUGCACGCACAGAGAGGUGUCCCGGGGCGUGGACAGAGCGGUGCACGCACAGAGUGGCGCCCGGGGCGUGGACAGAGCAGUGCACGCACAGAGCGGCGCCCCGGGGCGUGGACAGAGCGGUGCACGCACAGAGCGGCGCCCCGGGGCGUGGACAGAGCGGUGCACGCACAGAGAGGUGUCCCGGGACGUGGACAGAGCGGUGCACACACAGAGCGGCGCCCCGGGGCGUGGACAGAGCGGUGCACGCACAGAGAGGUGUCCCGGGACGUGGACAGAGAGGUGCGCACACAGCGGGGCGCCCGGGGCGUGGACAGAGCGGUGCACGCACAGAGAGGUGUCCCGGGACGUGGACAGAGAGGUGCGUGGACAGAGCCAUGCGCUCCUUGCCCAGCUGCACCCCCAGCAGGAAGUGAUUCCCCAGCGCUGAAGCGAGGCUGGGCUGCUGCUGUCCCAGCACUAGUGUCUGUGCCGGGGGCUGGCCGGGCUCCUGGGGGCUGCACGUGGGGGGGGAGUUGUGGUGGGGGCUCCUCUGGCUCCGCGCCUGCCAAUCCCCCGAGGUCUAGUCCCUGGGUUCCCCUCCUCUGGCUUGGGCACUCAGGCCGACUGCUCCAUUAGCCAACCCAGCCAUGGCUCUACUAGGCUCCUGCCAGGGUCUCAGCCAGGGGGCGGCCGGCAGGGUCACAGCCCAAGCCUGCCCCAGGGGCGAGGACUUGGGGCCAGCAGGUUGGGGGCGGCACCAGGUUCAUGGUGCACAGCUGGGAAGCACCUGGCCCUCACCUGCUCCACGGGAUCUGCCCACGUGUGGGGGCGGCGGCUGCUGCUGGCAGGGCUGGCAGAGGCGAGGAUUUGUCCCGGCAGUGAGGUGCAGGGGGAGGGGGUCUCUCCAUGGGCCGGCCCUGCCAAGGGGCUGGGUUUGGGGGCCCCGGCUCUCUGCCCGCUGGGAUUUCUCUGCUGCAGAAAU